CAAUCGCCCUCAACGCCAGCGAACACAGAAGCAGGUGAGUAUAUCCGACGUAUUGCAUAAUGCACCAAACCACCACAUCUCCUCUUCUCCUCUUUCUCUCUCUUUCUCGCCGUGAACUUCACGCAGAUCCUCGCGUCCUGAUUCUCCCUCGCUCCAUCGGCGCUCCAAUCGAAAGCUGUCGAUGCGGCGACGAUCUCCGCGAGGCUGUAGAUACCGCGCUUGCGUGUGCGCGCGCGCGCGUGUGGCCAUGCGCGGUGGUCGUGUUCCGUUUGCGGGGAUCGUUACGUGCUUGUCAGUUUGCUCCAUGAUUGUUACGUCCAUGGAAUCUGUCCUCUUCAGGCCUGGCGAUUCUAAACGCGGGCAUGCUUGUUUUCUUACCAUGCUGGACGUUUGAGAGGUUUUUUAAGUUCAAUUUUAGAUUCAACCGUAGUUUCCCUCAUUUUUCAUCGACCGACAGGGGGAUAGAUAAAAAUGUUUUAGUCUAGUUGAAUUCCGUAGCUUUCUUGAUAUUAGCUGGGUGCUAGACGAGGAGAAGAACGGGAUGCAUGGACCCAGUUCGUCGCAUGAGGUGACAGGUGUAUGGCAAUUCUUACUAGUUGUUAAAGAGGUAGCCCAUGAUUGAAAACAAUGGAUAGAAAACAACACAUUGCAAUUUUCACGACCGCAAGCCUACCAUGGAUGACUGGUACAGCUGUCAACCCUCUUUUCCGUGCUGCAUAUCUCUCAAAAGAUGGAGAGAGAAAUAUCACUUUGGUGAUUCCUUGGUUAUCAUCAAAUGAUCAAGGAUUAGUAUAUCCUAGUAACAUCAUGUUCAGGUCUCCUUCAGAACAGGAAAUGUAUGUCCGUCAGUGGCUUGAAGAAAGAACGGGCUUUAAAUCUGCUUUUGGCAUACGUUUUUACCCUGGAAAGUUUUCCAGAGAUAAAAGGAGCAUUCUUCCUGUUGGAGAUAUUGCAGAACUCAUCUCCGAUGAAGAGGCAGAUGUUGCUGUCCUGGAGGAACCAGAGCACCUAACAUGGUAUCAUCAUGGGAAAAGAUGGAAAACUAAGUUCCGCCUUGUUAUUGGAGUUAUUCACACAAAUUACUUGGAAUAUGUAAAGAGAGAGAAGAAUGGUCGUAUACAAGCAUUUCUUCUUAAACAAGCAAAUGGUUGGGUUGUCAACAUAUACUGUCAUAAGGUUAUCAGAUUAUCCGCUGCCACUCAGGAUUAUCCCAAUUCUAUCAUCUGCAAUGUCCAUGGAGUUAAUCCCAAGUUCCUUGAGAUUGGCCAGAAAAAGAUGCAGCAGCAACAAAAUGAAGGCAAAGCCUUUAGCAAAGGUGCUUACUAUAUUGGCAAGAUGGUUUGGAGCAAAGGCUACAAGGAGCUACUUAAAUUGCUUGGUGAUCACCAGAAAGAAUUGACUGGGUUUGAGAUUGACUUGUAUGGGAAUGGAGAGGAUUCUGAUCAAGUUAGGAAAGCUGCAGAGAAGUUGGAACUAGCAAUUAGAGUUAACCCGGGUCGUGACCAUGCUGAUCCCCUGUUCCAUGAUUAUAAGGUGUUCCUGAAUCCAAGCACCACUGAUGUAGUCUGUACGACCACAGCUGAAGCACUCGCAAUGGGGAAGUGGGUUGUCUGUGCCAAUCAUCCAUCAAAUGACUUCUUUAAGCAGUUUCCAAAUUGCCGGACAUAUGACGACAGCAAAGGAUUCGUGGAUGCCACUCAAAAGGCACUGAGUGAAGAACCUGCCCAGAUGACGGAUGAUCUAAGGUACGAGUUAUCGUGGGAGGCCGCCACGGAACGGUUUCUGAAGGCUGCUCAGUUGGAUCAGGCAUCUGCGACUAAAUUGUCCAGAACUACUUCCAACAACUUCAUGUCCACUUCACUGAAUUUCAAGAGGAAAAUGGAAGACGCAUCUGCAUAUUUGCACUAUGUGGCUUCCGGCUACGAAAUGUCACGACGAGCAUUUGGUGCUAUUCCUGGCAGCCUGCAACCAGAUGAAGAGUUGCGUAAGGAUCUUGGGUUGCCCCCGCCUCCUGGAAAGAGAGGCUCAAGAAGUUAAUAUGGUGAAUACUAUGAUGAAAUUCGGGAAAGAUUGUCUGUACUGACUACUUUGAAAUCCUGUGCUAUCAAUAAAAUUGGUUUAGGGGUGUAAAUAAUACCAAAAGCAUGUAAGAGCUAUUCAUUCUAUAUGAUUCUAAUCAAAUUUUGUAUUCCAUUUGCAA